CUACUUAAGGAGUGAGAGUCAAACCUCUAUCACACUCUCACUGAAUGCCUUCAGACACUGUACGCUACUUAAGCUACUACAGCCUCACGCUGAUUCAGACCGGCAGAGCAAGCACUCUGGAAACAUGGCAAGCAGGAAAAUGUGUCUCGUGGCAGCUCUGUGCUCCCUCGCCAUCCUCACCACCUUUAUCGGCAGCACGCAGUCAGCUAGCUGCUGCCUGAGGUAUACCAAGCGUCCGUUGCCGUGCCGGCGGCUGCUGAACUACAGCAUCCAGACCAUCAACACUUCCUGUGACAUCCACGCCAUUAUCUUCCACCUUCCAGGAAGGUUUGUGUGUGCUGAUCCUUCAGUCAGCUGGACCCGCAGAGGCAUGGAGUGCAUUAACGAAAGGAGGAGGAAGAACAUUCAGAUCAUCAAAGAGGGGACACAAGGCAACACCACAUCAACAUAAGCUCUACGACAGCUAACUUCUGCAGCACAUGACUCUGAUAUUUUAUACAUUUCUGCAUCCAAGAAUCCAAUUUGCCUCUGAAAACUUUAUUGAUGUUGUAGUAACACUUCACCGUCUACACCAAAAUCUUUAUUUAAUCAAAUUCCUGUAACAUAAGCUAUCAUGUCAUUUGAAUUCUUCUUUUAUUUGUUCUAUAUUAUGAACAGAGACGUGUAGUAUUCUUAAUACAUAACAGUAAGCUGUAGCUACAGUGUGUCAACAAAAUAGAAAACAAUGUUAUUUUUUGAAAUGUUGUGUUGAUGUUUACCAAGUUCUGACAUUUUUGAGUCAGAGAGAAUGAGUAUGAAACACUGUCUUCUUAAAUGAGUGUAAUUGAUAUUUAAAAGAACUGAUUAAAACAGAUAUUUAAUUAUG